UUCUGCUGGAUAAUGAUGUCGGUCAUCUCUGACGUAUUGACAUGAGCCUUCAGAAACAGCUUGAGGGGGCGGGGACACCGCAGCGGUCACAAACACUUUUAAUCGAGAUGAACGUGCUGCUUCUGAAGGCGCCACAGGAUGGCGCUCCAGUGCCUGAUCCUUACAUCCAGGAGAUGGCAUCACGUGGGCUUCAAGCAACCCUGCUGCCUGUGCUAUCUUUUAACUUUGUAUCGUUAAACACCCUCUCAGAUAAGCUUUUCCAACCGGAAAAAUACGGUGGCCUCAUAUUUACGAGCCCGAGAGCGGUGGAAGCAGUGAAGAUGUGCUUAGCGGACAGAAGAGAAGAAUGGGAGCGGUCAGCCAAAGACAAGUGGAACGCAAAGUCCGUUUAUGUGGUGGGCAAAGCGACGGCCGCCUUAGUACGCCGUCUUGGCUUGGAUCCCCUCGGCGAGGACGCAGGGACGGCGGAGGUCCUGUCUCGUGUCAUCAUUGAACGAGAGGUCACCAGUACCCCCCCACUUUUCUUCCCCUGCGGCUCCAUCAAAAGAGAAGUCCUGCCUACAGCUUUGAGGGAGAAUGGUGUUCCCCUCGAGACGCUGACUGUCUAUCGCACGGCGGCACAUCCCGAUGUGGAGAAGAAUCUCAACGACUAUUUUGCAGCGCAGGGCUGGCCGGCUAGCGUGGCUUUCUUCAGCCCGUCGGGAGUCGACUUCUGCCUGGAGGCCUUACGCGGGCUGGCUGUUUGCCGCCAUCGGGCCCACCACGCGGGACGCCAUGCAGGCCGAGGAUACGGCUUCAUGAAGCCAGUGAGGUGGGAGGAGAUGCGGGACCAGGACGGGGAUCUCGACUACGACGACGGCUUCUUUGACGACCUCCGAGCUAGCGUCCAGGAGGGGACCUCGGUGCCUCCUUCCAGGGAUCGCCCUCCUCCAGACGGAGAAAGCCAAGCAUUUACGGCAGCGCUCAAAGACUUCCAGAGGCUGUCCGGCCUGCCGGUGACUGGUGCGUUUGACGACGCCACCAGGGAGGCCAUGAACAAGCCGAGGUGUGGCGUCCCCGACAAGGAAAGGGGUCAGGAACCAGGUGACCUUGACGAGAAUCUGGCCUUGGGUGUUGAAAACGGCACCACUUGGAACAAGACUGAUAGCAACUACAUAACAAGUGACACACUGUCUGGUGCUGCUAACGACUCUGAAAUGUUAUUAGUGAGGGUUAAUGGCACAGAAAGUGCUCUCUCUGACACCAACAACACUGAUUUGGGCCCAGAUUUCAGGCCAAAAAACACCUCCCCGGAUAACAAUUCGGCGAAAAUGCGCCCUAGCCCAGCGGUAGUACGCAAGAAACGCCACCUGGCCGCCCUGGUCUCCCGGCGCAGGCGCAAGAGGGACCUGGGCGAGGCGGGACACGUGGCCUUCAGCAAGAACGUCCUGAAAUGGCGGCUGAUGGGCGAAGGCUACAGCAGUCAGCUGUCCAUCGAGGAGCAGCGCUACAUUUUCAGGCUGGCCUUCAGGAUGUGGAGCGAGGUGUCGCCACUCCAGUUCGUGGAAGACAACCGCUCGCCGCUGGAGGAUAUCGACAUCAGGCUGGGCUUUGGCACAGGAAGACAUCUCGGUUGCAACCAGCGGUUCGAUGGAAGCGGUCAAGAGUUUGCUCAUGCCUGGUUCCUGGGCGACAUCCACUUUGACGACGACGAACAUUUCACUGCCCCCAACGCCGGCAGUGGGAUUAGCCUCCUUAAGGUGGCGGUUCACGAGAUCGGACACGUUUUGGGGCUGCCCCACAUCUACAGACCUGGCUCCAUCAUGCAGCCCAGCUACUUGCCCCAAGAGGCCAGUUUUGAGAUGGACUGGAUGGACAGGAAAGCCAUACAGAACCUCUACGGGGGUUGCGAGGGCCGCUUCAGCACUGUAUUCGACUGGAUCCGACGAGAGAAGACCCCCUACGGCAAAGCGGUGGUCCGCUUCAACACCUACUUCGUGAGGGAGGGCUGGUACUGGCUGUACGAGAACCGGAACAAUCGGACCCGCUACGGGGACCCGGUGCCGCUGCAGAUCGGCUGGCGGGGGCUCCCUGCAGACGGAGUGGACGCUUACGUGCACGUUUGGUCCCGGAAACAAGACGCCGUUUACUUCUUCAAAGGUACUCAGUUCUGGAAGUAUGACAGCGAAAACGACAAGGUCUUCAAACAGGACCCAGAGGGCCACCGCUACCCCAGGAAGAUUUCCGAGGGUUUCCCGGGAAUCUUCGGUCCCAUUGACACGGCCGUUUACGACCGAAGGGACUCGCGCAUUUACUUCUUCAAAAGCAGUCUUGUGUACGCCUUCAGCGUGGAGUCCAACGGCACGGCGCCAGGUUUCCCCAAACCCAUCCGAGAGGUAUUCCCGCCGACGUCCGGCGUCGACCACCCGGGCGGCAACGUCGACGCCGCCUACUUCUCGUACGCGCACAACUCCGUCUUCCUCUUCAAGGACCGGCGCUUCUGGCAGGUGGCGAGCGGCCGCGACCGCCCCCGCCGCCGCCCCUUCCUGCCGCGUAACGGCCUGCUGCCGCACAAGGAAGUGGACCAGCACUGGUUCGACAUCUGCAACGUCCACCCCACCGCGCUCACGCUGACCAGAUGAAGACUUGGAUGUGUACCCCUCAUGAUGCGUCCUUUGCCAACUCCUGGCCCAUUCAGCUAUAACACAUCGCAUCCGGAAAGGACUCGCAGUGCUUUGCUUUUUCCACAUUUUGUUGGGUUACAGCCUUAUUAAAAAAAACAAAAAACAAAGUUACACAUAACACCCUAAAAUGACAAGAUGAAAACUGGACUGAAUUUACCACAGGUGGACUCCAAUAAAGCUGUCAAAACAU